GGAUCUAAUCUAUUUUUAAGCCCCUGGGUGACUCUUCAUUUUACUACAUGAAAUUGCUCUUGGGACAGUGAAUUUUUCGAAGCAGGUGGAUUCAGAUUUUUUUAAUUCAUUUUUUUAAGACUCGAGAGUGAAAGCUCUUGCAGGUUACCUGCUUGGGAAUAUAUCGUUAGGUUCACAAGGGUGAGAAGCAAUAAUUUAUAGGCGAAGAAACAUCCCUUCUCUCGUUGAAUUGUGUAACAGAGUUGAGAUAGCAAGGAUCAAGACUACUAUGGAAGAUUUUGAUGGGGACUUCAGUCACAGAAAAACCAUUAUGUCUGAAUUAUGUUGCAAUCAGAUUGCUGCAAACAUCCUGAGGUGUUAAACAUCCUCUAAGAAACAGCUGAAGAACGUAUUUGGCUGUAAAAAGGCCCAAAUCAAAGUAGUAUAAACAAGUGAUCAUCAAGAAUGGGAGACGAAGGUGCAGGUGAACCCUUUGUGGGUAUUGUGACUGAUGCAGCCACAGAUUACGAAGGGAUCCUUCCCUCAGAUACAAUUUCCCUGAGUGAUUCAGAUUCAGAAGAUUUUGAGUUUGCAGGCAGUGCUGAAGUUGAUGCUGUAUCCCCUGAGGAGCCGCUUCAUUCAGAUGACGUGGAUUCUGAAUCAAAUAAGAGUGGGGACUCUUUGCACAACAGCCAAAAAUCAGUUGUUCAGCCCUUUCAUUUGAAAGGCAUGAGCUCAAGCUUUUCACAACGUAGCCAAAACAUUUUUGAUUGUCUGGAAGGAGCAGCCAAGCAGGCAGUGCCCUUGACGGGUGAAGACAAUGUCAUUGAUACAAGGUUUAAACGCCCUCUGCCACCACUCAGUAUUUCAAACAAGACGCCUGCGGAAAGCUUUGGAAGACAACGUGAGCCAAUUCAGUCUUAUAAAAGUUCCCCGCCAGUACCUGAUUAUGUGGCCCAUCCAGAACGCUGGACCAAGUACAGUUUGGAGAAUGUUGCAGAAUAUAGUGAUGAUACCAACAAAUCAAUUGCUAUGGAGUUCUUGAGUGGCUUGAAGAAGGGUAGAAAGGAACAAAGCUCAACACGUCCUGAAAAUUAUAUACCAUCUUUCAACCAGGAUGCUUCUAGCUCUGGUGCAGGAAGAAUUAUCUUUAGCAAACCAGUAAAGGCAGGCUUAGACAGAUCAGGAAAAAAAAGAGGAGCUUCAGCAGAGGAAAAGUUGGAGGCCAACAUUAUUAAUACAAACCAAGAGGCCAGUGGAAAGCCUCUUGGUAACUUGGAUGCCCAGAAUAAAAGUGAUGUAGUUAUACUAGAUCCCUCAGAAAGCAAAGAGAAAAAAAAGGAAGAUUGGGAGCCGCUGAAAUUGGAAGAACGAGGUGCUCGAAGAGCCAACACAGGUUCUCCAGAGGUGCCUGAAGAGAAUGUGACAACAACCGUAGGAUUUCACGGUAGCCAGAAAAGGAGUAGGAAACAUUUCCGACCGAAAGCUAAUGAUGAUGAUGAAGAAGAAGAAGAAUCCUAAAAGCCAGGAACGUAUUUGUCUUUUUCCAGUGAUAGCUUACUGAAAAUUUUAUCUUCAUCAUUUGCAUGAAUUUGGGCAAUUGUUUUCCUUAACAUGCUUGUUGCUGUGAAUAAGAAUACUUGUAACUUUGCCCUUUCCAACAAAACCCCACUGUGUUUUGCAAUAAAUAGAAGACAUUUUGCCUUGAGAUAGUCCAACAAUAUAUGUGUAGUUUCUGUUUAUGAAGGGAGGUCUCUGCUAUUCACAUCAAAACUUUUGACAGUAUACCGUAUUGAUAUCUCAACCAAUUCAUAAUUGACAAAACAUAUCUUGUGGAUGAGGUACAAGGUUUAUCAGUUUAUUGUAGCUGGGGUAAAGAUUUAACCAAUAUUAUUCCACAGUAUAAAUGAAAAUAAAAGCAUGAAAUAUGA